CGUCGGCGCGUCUUCCAACUACAGUAGUCCCAAAUCAUGACGUCGUCCCGCACUUAUGGUUAAAGCUUCUUUCGUCCAAAGUCAAUCAACAAACAUGACAAUCGAGAUGGAAACGAGGACUCACAGUCUCCCAAGCCCUGUGUCACUAUGGCAGAAUCAAAAGACUUCGGAGUCCGGAGACUGGAGAAUAUCAAGCGCAAUGGCGCACUCCUCGAGAGCCUUGGUGUCAACGAACAAGCCAAGGCCAUCCACGACUCGAGACCCAUCGAACCUGCGAAGAAGAAACGAAAGAUCGAGAAGACGAAGCUGAAUCUACCACCCUCUCGAGCCUCUGCUAGAAUAGCAUCCGCCUCUUCUCGACCAAUAUAUGAUGAAGAUGUCCUCACCCAUGCUAUUGUAACGACCAAGCAGACGAAAUCGACGUCUAGCAAGAAGGGAACUUCUGCGAGCAAAACGAAACUUGAAGAAACCAGAGACAUAAGACCAGAGAUACCCACAAAAGACCUUGGAGAACUCCAAGCCUCCUGGACAUCAUGGACACCCACCGCACCGCCCCCAACCCGCGAUGAAGAAGGCGUCUUCCACUUCCCCUCCCACCCAGACUUCACACCCAACAAAUCUCCCGAAGAAGUCCUCCGCGAAGGCUGUUUCGGCGGCUCCUAUUUCCGCCCCCUCUACUCCAAGAAACUCAGCAUAACAAUCUCCAACGACUGGGAAGAACUACCACCCUCCUGGACCACCAACCUAAACGUCCCGACCUACCUCACGUCCCCUAGCUACGAGCCCGAAAUGAACAAGUUCCACGUAACUUGCGGACAGUCGAUCGAGGAAUGGGAAGCGGCUGGGUGGAUAAACCAUGAUUUUGACGUGCGGGGCUGGUUUCAGUGGUACUGUCGGUUCUUUAUGGGGAGACGGUGCGCGGAUGAUGAGAGGCAGGUGGGGAGGUGGAGGAAAUGCGUGGGGAGGACGGGCAGGUGGAGGAGGAUGUUGUUGAAGAAGUAUGUGAGUGCGGGGGUGAGGGAGGUGGUUGAUGAUGGGGCGGAGGACGGGCAGGAGGAGGUUAGUCCGGUCAUGCAUCAGACGUGUCAUCAUUGGGCGUUUAUGGUGACGCAGGAGGUGUUGGAUGAGUAUUGGAGGACGGGGAAGUGAGGGACGUUGUUGGCGAGGUUAAUGAAUCUGCCAUUCGAUGUCGUUGUUGUUUGACCAACGGAAGAUAACUUGGAGCUGGAGUGUGUGAGAUACGCAUGGAGGUCCAGCUUCAACACACUUUGGUGCCAUGUUACUACGAAUGGCCGAUAUUUCCGCUCGGCCCUUCAAGACGACGGAGAAAUGUUC